AUGCAGUGGCAUUACUUUCUUUCAUUGCUCCUCUGCGUUGGUGUGUAUGGCUUCCCGUCAUACCUCGAGGGCCCUGUCGCAAAGGUCGUUUCUGCAAGACUCUCGGGGAAAGUGAACGAUGCAGUUCGAAGUCAUGAUAAGAGACUUGCGCUUGGUCUCGCGAGCAAGCCUAUCAAGGUAACUGGCGAGCACGAAUUCAUCCCGCCCAACUUUGAGAAGGGUGAUCAACGAGGUCCUUGUCCUGGUCUCAAUGCGCUGGCGAACCAUGGAUAUAUCAGCCGUAAGGGCGUUACAAGCCUCGUCGAGGUAGCGGGUGCUAUCAAUCAAGUCUACGGAAUGGGAGUAGACCUGGCCACCAUUCUGGCAACAAUGGGUACGGUCUUUGUCGGAAACCCUCUGUCUCUCAACCCAGGCUUCUCCAUCGGUAACACCGCGAGUGGCUCGCAAAAUAUUCUGGGUAACCUCUUCGGGCUGUUGGGGACACCACGGGGUCUGAACGGUUCACACAACAUCAUCGAAGGUGAUUCGUCCAACACACGGGAUGACUUGUACGUCACUGGAGAUGCGUCUACCAUGGACAUGAGGCUCUUUCAGUCGCUCUACGACUCGGCUUCUAAGGAGGGUACUUAUGACUUUGACGCUUUUGCAAAGCGAGCCAAGACCCGAUUCCAUGAGACUGUUGCUACGAAUCCUAACUUUUACUAUGGGCCUUUCACGGGGAUGAUUGCGCGAAAUGCGGGGUACUUCUUUGCUUGUCGGAUGCUGUCGAACCAUACUGUUGGAAGCACGGAGGACAUCAUGGACCUUGGAACACUGAAGAGCUUCUUUGCUGUUCAAGAGAAAGAUGGAAAGCUUGUGUAUAAACGUGGCUGGGAGAGAAUCCCCGAGAACUGGUACCGUAGGUCCGUUGACUAUGGCCUCAUCAGUCUCAACUUGGAUCUCCUCAACUUGAUCACCAAGUACCCUGAGCUCGGAAGCAUCGGAGGUAACAUGGGAGAAGUCAACAGCUACGCUGGCGUUGACGUAAGCAACAUCACCGGCGGAGUCCUGAACCUCACCAAGCUUCUCGAGGGCAACAACCUGCUCUGCUUCGUCUUCGAGAUCGUCAAGACCGUUGCACCAAACUCUCUCUCGACUCUGUUCUCUAUCAUCGCAACUCCCCUCGAACUCAUCACUGAUGCUCUUGGAUCUGCAGUCUUGAACCUCGCUUGUCCAGCCUUCAAGGACUUAACCGUUAGUGGACAGAGUUUUGAGGAUGGAAUUAAGGACAAGUUCCCUGGUGCCAGCCUGGGUUCAUCUGUUAUCUAA